AUGACAAGUGUGAAAAGAAAGAUGAAAAUAGCUAGUCAAUGUAGUAUUUUGUCGUUUAUGAAGAGUGUGUUGUAUUUGUGGCUGGCGAUGGCGAUCAUGAUGAUGACGAUCCAGAAGAUGCCAAAUGUCAAAUCGGAAAUGAGAGAAAUUUCAAAUAUUGUGGAAUCAUCAUCUACAUAUUGGAAUGAAGAACAGAUGGGUGUUGGAGAGGAUGAUGAUUUUAUUUCGUGUCCAGUUCUUUCAUUUGAACAAUUUACAAAUUCGAGUCGUGAUUUCACAGCCGAGUGCGCAACUGUCAGUGUUCCAUUUAUGGAAAAUUCAACAGCAAGUUCCAUAACAUUGUUUGUAAAGAGAUUUCGAAAAAUUCAAAGCAAUCCAUCCAAACAGAAGGCAACUCUGUGGUGGUUACCCUCUUUAUUUGGAUUUUCAUCUCAAGCUCUUACUCAUUGGGAAUUUCAAAUUUUGACAUUUUUGAAAAAUCAACCUGACACUUUAGAUUUCACAAUUUAUGCUCUCGAUCAUCGAGGAAUGGGUCGAUCGAGCAGGUUCACCUGUUUACAAACACAAUCUGAAGCUCCAUCCUCUGAUCAUGGAUAUUUAAUUUCAGAUAAGGAAUGGCCUUAUUGUUUCAAAGAGUUAAAAAAGAAAAAUUUAACAGAAUAUUCAAGUGACGCAGCUGCAAGAGAUGUCAUUCGAGUCAUUGCAAGAUUUCUCUCGAAAGGAUAUUUUGACAAGUUUUUCCUCUAUGGAAAUGGAUAUGGAACGAAUUGGAUGUUAAAAAUGUUGUACGCUUUGGAAAAUCAUCAAUGGACAUCAGACGCUUCUAAUCUUCUCAAUUCCAUAAGUGGUAUUGUUUUGGAUCAAGUCAUGCCACUCGAUUACCAUUUUCAUUCGAUUGAUCAUUACAUUCAAGAUUACAUGAAAACAUUUUUGAAAAGUUGCAAUCAAGCUUCAAUAACUUCUCAAUACGAUCCUACCUGUUCUCUCAAAUUUAAAGGACAAGAUGUGUAUGAAUGGAUGAAAAAUAUUUUCAAAAAAGUGUAUCAUGUGGAAUUUGUAGAUUCGACUCAUGAGAAUUCUCCAAAUGGUCAUGAAAAUUUCAAUUCUGAAAAUAGAAUGGUCUUGAAUUCUGGAGGCGAUGAUGACCAUGGAGAUCAUGAUGGAAAUGUUUCUCAUGAUGGUCCAUGUGGAUUAAUUGCUGCCAAAGUUCCGUUUUCACUCAUGAAUGAAAUGUUAGGAAGUUUUUUAUUGGAUCCUUUGAGAAGAAAUGUUGUGUUUGGAAUGUUGUAUCGAUUGGAACGAUGUAAUACUGAGAAGGAUGUUCAUAUCUUGUAUAGAAUGGCACAGUUUUAUAAGAAAUUUAAAAAUGAAAAGAUUUCGAAAAUGGAAAAGGAACCAUCCAUGACAAGUGACGCCUUAAUGUAUAAUUUAAUGUUUAGAGAGUUUUGGAAGAGUGAUGAGGUGAAGAAUGGAGAGGAGUUGGUGAAUUUUGCAGAACAUUCUUACUUGUUGAAUAGUUUAGCUUUGAAAUAUUUUAAUGUCUUUAACUUGACAAGUCGGUGGGGUUCGUUGACAAGUGACACUACUCCCCUUUUUACCAAUAAGAAGGACAUCCCCAUCUUGAUCUUACAUGGAGAAAUGGAUCCUUUCAUUCCAUCCACUCUAGCUCAAAAGUUCAACGCCCAACUGUCAGGUGUCAACCACAAGCUCGUACUCAUUCCAUUCAGUGCUUCUUCUACGAUGAUCAACUCUCCUGUGAAAAAUUCCAAUAUUCACUGUUCCUUACAAAUCAUGAAUAGUUUUCUCUCUGCCAAUGGAAAUCUCAAUCAACUCAAUACCGAUUGCUUAAAUCAUUUACAAUUUAAUUUCACUGGAAUUCCAUAUAUUAAUAAGGAAAUGAUUGGAACUACAGAUUUGUAUGAGGGAGUUUACACAUUUCAUGCAGUUCCAACGAGUAAUGUAUCAAGCACAACAUUUAUUGCUGUGGUGUCUGGAUUAUCAGUGGGAUAUUUUGUUGGACUUGUCAUUGUAGUAUUCGUUGUGGUGACAAUGAGAAUGACAUGUCUCAAUACGGAAAGUUAUCGAAGAUUGACACAUUAA